ACAACAACUCGGUGUUGAGCAAUACCUACCGUACUUGUUCUUGGAUCGCAACCAUCGUCGACGGCCCCUCGACUGCGCGACUCGACUGGGAUCUUGGACAGACCCCACUCCAACAGACGAAUCCCCUCAUUCAGUAGCGCCCGUUGACUCGCGAUCAACGCCUCCGUUGUCACACAACACAAGUAUUUUCAACCUUCGAGUCGGCGAAACAACCGAACCACUUACUGUCCCUAGACAGUCUUUGUUUCCCGUAAACAACCCCCCAGGGACACGUCGAAAUGAGCAGCGCACACAAAAGCGGAGCUCGCAAGAUCUCCUUCAACGUCAGCGAGCAAUACGACAUCCAGGAUGUCGUUGGCGAAGGCGCUUACGGUGUCGUCUGCUCUGCAGUACACAAGCCUUCGGGCCAAAAGGUCGCGAUCAAGAAGAUCACCCCCUUUGACCACUCCAUGUUCUGCUUGCGGACGUUGCGCGAGAUGAAGCUGCUUCGGUACUUCAACCAUGAAAACAUCAUCUCUAUUCUCGAUAUUCAAAAACCACGGAGCUACGAGACUUUCAACGAGGUGUAUCUCAUCCAGGAACUAAUGGAGACUGACAUGCACCGGGUCAUUCGUACCCAAGAGCUCUCGGACGACCAUUGCCAAUACUUCAUUUACCAGACGUUGCGCGCCCUCAAGGCCAUGCACUCUGCCAAUGUUCUUCACCGCGACUUGAAACCUUCCAACCUUUUGCUAAACGCCAACUGCGAUCUGAAAGUGUGCGACUUUGGCUUGGCCCGCUCGGCUGCGUCGCAAGAGGACAACUCGGGCUUCAUGACCGAAUACGUUGCCACCCGUUGGUACCGCGCCCCCGAAAUCAUGUUGACGUUCAAGGAGUACACCAAGGCCAUCGAUGUCUGGUCUGUCGGCUGCAUUUUGGCCGAGAUGCUGAGCGGCAAGCCGCUCUUCCCUGGCAAAGAUUACCACCACCAACUGACCCUCAUCCUGGACGUCCUCGGCACCCCAACCAUGGAAGACUACUACGGCAUCAAGUCGCGCCGGGCGCGCGAAUACAUCCGCUCGCUGCCCUUCAAGAAGAAGGUUCCCUUCCGCACGCUGUUCCCCAACACGUCGGAGCUGGCCCUGGACCUGCUAGAAAAGCUCCUCGCCUUCAACCCUGUUAAGCGCAUCACGGUCGAAGAGGCGCUCAAGCACCCGUACCUCGAGCCCUACCACGACCCGGAUGAUGAGCCGACCGCGCCCCCCAUCCCCGAGGAGUUCUUUGAUUUCGACAAGCACAAGGAUAACCUGAGCAAGGAGCAGUUGAAGCAGUUGAUCUACCAGGAAAUUAUGAGGUGAAAUGUCUACUACCAAAUCAGGACGG